UCAACUGAAGUCCAAUGGAGUAGCAUGGUGUGGGACAUGAAGACGAAAUGCACACCUAACAGAGUGCAGAAAGUUCAGUUUGUAGUCGACAAGAGAAUUUCUGGGAUGGAUGAUUCAAUUGAGUUAUUAAAGUGUAAUGAAGAUUUACCUUCAUCACCGAGAAAUGCAAACAAUGACCAGAGUAUGGAAUAUGACGAUCUUCCAGAAUUGAGAGCUGUAGAGACUGACAGAGCCAUACCUGCAGCCUUCCAGUUAAGCAGUGAAGUGUCUCAUCAAGAAUGCCCGAGGUCUUCUCGUACCAUGUGCACUUCUAGAUCACCUGAUAGUACCUUGCCACCUUUCACAAGUGAAUCUGAUGUAAAUUGGCUGACUGAACUGGCUAAUAUAGCCACUAGCCCACAAAGUCCUCUCAUGCAGUGCACAUUUUAUGACAGGUUUGUCUAUAAUAUCAGCCAGAUGACCACUUUUUGUAAUGACUGAAGAUGUAUGAACAUUGCUAUUGAACAUAACUGCCAACACUUGCUGUCAGUAUAUGCCGUUCACACUUGUUGAAUUCUUUGUAGCAAAUUGUGAGCAUUAUAAAUGCCAAAACUGUGCGGUUCCACACAAAUUUGGAUGUAAUGGAGGCUUCCAAGAAAAGUACUACAAUAAUUGUGGGAGAUUUUAUUCUAAUUGAAUGAGUCAAAUUGGCCAAAGUAUCAUGGAGGAUGGAUUCAUAAGUCACUUUGGGAUGGCUUCUUAAAACAAUAAGUUCUGAAACCAAUCAGCCAACAUAACAUUCUGGACCUGAUAAUGUGUUAUGUAACAGGUUAAGUUGCAACCUCAUUCAGGAGCCUCUAGGCAUGAAUAACAUGAUUGAAUUAUGCAUUCACUUUGA